AUGGCUGACAGCAAGGAGAGCUCGCACAUUCCUGCGUGGGAUGGCACGGCACGUGCCUGGCGGCGCUAUACGAGAGAGGUGGCAUGGUUUGUGCAGUCAACGCCAGUUCACAAGAGGCGUUACUGUGCGAGCCGACUUUUGUCACGACUUUCAGGUUCGGCACGGCUGCUGGCGAUGAGCUGGCCCAGGACUGCCUUUGAUAGUCAGGACGGAGUGAAGCUCUUCCUUCAACGACUGGCAGGCAGCCCCCUGGUACGACAGAACCUGCCGAACGCAGCAGCCACAUGCCAACAGUACUUUGCCUUCAGACGACAUGAACGAGAACCCAUCGGAUCAUUCCUUGUACGUGAAACGCUUGUUCAUGAAGAGUUCGUUGAAGCUCUGAUCCGCUUGCAUGAAGACAAACUAGGUGUAGCACAAGAGGAUCGUGAUUUCGGACUUCCACCUGUUCAGGAAGAACACGAAGAGUCCUGGCGCUGGUGGGGCGACACUAUGUGGGAUGAACUUGAUCCUGAUGAUGCUCCACCCGAAGAUGAACCGCAACCUGAAGGUAGCGAUCCUGCACGUCGUGACGGACCACCGGCUGCCACUACCGGCUCCUCCCCUAGUCAUCGCGCGGAGGCAGGCUCUCAAGCUGGAGAACGAUCUCCGGUGGAAUCUCCACCUGAACGUCCCAAGGCUAUCGACGAGCUGUCCAUGGCGGACUCCUUCAUCUUGGAGGUCUUGAGGGGAUGGAGGCUCAUGCAGGCCUCUGGAUUGACGGCGGAUGAACGCCGUGACAUUCUUGCCUCCACCAAGAACAGCAUGGACUACGCCGUCAUCGCUUCGGCUCUCCAGAAUCUUUGGGAUGAUCAGAUGAUAGGGCGGAGCCACCACGGCAUGGGUGCACACCAGGCCUACAUGCUUGACGGCAACGAGGUUUGGGACACCGAGACGGCAUACUACCAGGAGCAGGACGACGAUUGGUGGCAGAGCGAUGACUCUUGGUGGAACGAUGCCUACUACACCGACGAGAGCUCCUACGGCGAGGACCCCUGGUGGAUGGAAGAUUGGUGGGGCUACGACGCCCACACCGCUCAAGAACCUGAUGACGCCGCCUUGAAGGAGAAGUUGCAGGAAGCUCAACAGGCUGAGCAGGUGGCGGAGAGCUUAGCGGCAGAAGCUCACCGCACGUGGGCGGAAGCCCAGCGGGCGACUCAGGCGCUCAGAAAGGAUCGAGGGUUCGGUGCCGUGAUGCAAAAGGGUUCUGGCAAGUGCUUCAACUGCGGCGGCUCACACUUCGCCCGAGACUGCCCUCAUCCAGAUCGACGUGGACUUGGCUAUGGAAAGGGCAAGGGCAAGGCCUUUGCCAUGGAAUCCGACGAUGGCUGGUUGUACUACACCGGCAAAGGGAAGGGCAAGCCCAAGGGCAAGGGCAAGAAGGGACCGUGGAUGCAAGCACAUGCUAUUUGGACCAAGGGAAAAGGGAAGACUAAAGGGAAGUCUAAGGAGCGCACCGUGAAUGCCUAUGCCUCAGAUAUCUUCCUUGGUGGUUUGGAGUUCAGUGGACUGGAGAUGGCCACCAGUCAGCAGACAUCCGGACCCCUGGCGACGUCCCAGGAGCCGCACCUCGGCAUGAUCGACUCUGGUGCUACCGCGUCUGCUGCCCCAGAAGCCGUUGUGAAAGGGCUCAUUAGCGCAAUUCUCACCCAGGAUAAGGGAGCCAAGAUCGAAUUUGAUCAGUCAGCGCGGCCAUACUUUCGGUUUGGGAACGGGAGAUGGGGCAGGGCACUUUGUCGAGUACAUCUUAGCAGUACUGUGUCAGGUCAGUUGCGAAGCUUCUCUCUUUACACCCUACCGAACCCCGAUGAGUACUUCAAGAGUGGAUUCGACAAGUCUUCAUUGGUUCCAGUCUUGGUCGGGAUGGAUUGUCUUGGAAGGGAUGGCAUCGGUAUCAUGAUAGACUUCGCCAGCGGCCUGGCAAUGAAUACCAAGGAACCUAAUCCGGCCAUCUACCCCCUCACAGUGAACAAGAAAGGACACUACACCCUUGACAUACUUCAUCAUCUAACCCAAGGUCACACAUCAGCGGAAGGACAAGCACAUGUGGUCAUUCGCUCGUCAGAUGCUCAGGUGAUCGUGGACCACAUCCGUGCCAAGACAAAGCCGAAGGCAAAAGCUCAACCACUCGAUCCAAGCCGUCGAGUCCCAGCGGACCUUCGAGAUCCUCGUGCACUCCAAUCUCAGUGGCCAUGCCACAACAAUCAUGUACCAGGUCGUCCCCAAGCGAACGCACAUGGCCAGUGGACCCAUUGUGCAGUGUGCAAUCUGAGAAUGGAGUACGUCCCACGUCUGGGAAGUCAUGGUCAGACGACGAAGGCCGACAACCCGGGCAUGACACGACGCAUGUUGGACCAGUUGCAGGUUCUCAUGGGCAACUGCAAACCAACAGCGGCCAUCUGUUUGGCAAUGCAGCGGAAGAUCGAUGCGGAGGAGCAGCUCAACACGUUGAUUCGGGAGCGCAUGGCCGAGAACCAGAUGGUCGAGACUGUGAACCAGGCCACACCGGCUACCACUUCAGCGAGCACACCGGGUGCGCGAGUCGCACCGACGAGUCCUCAGCCGUCGUCUCCGGACAGCUGGGAAGUGACCUCGGAUAUGAACCCCAACACACUGGACAAUGGCUACUAG